AUGCUGCUUUUACCAAAGCUGUUUGCCGGCGUGGCAGCAAUUGCCUCCCUUGUUGCUGCUCAGAAGCAUGAGGGAAUAUCUAUUCCAAUGUCUCGCCGUGGUAUAAGCAAGGGUGAAACUAACUUUCACGAACUGGCUGCCGGCAUCAAAAAAGUUUUUAACAAGUACGAGUUCGGUAUGAACAACUUCAAGCUCAAAAUGGGUAAAGAUCAUCCCCUUCUCGGAUCCAAGCUCGAAAAACGCGAUAGCACUUCUUCGAUUAAAAUGUUCGAUAUUGCUGGUGAAACGCAAUGGAUUGGCGAGAUCAGCAUAGGGACCCCUCCCCAAAGAAUGCUUGUCCAAUUCGACACGGGCUCUGCUAAUGUCAUUAUCGCGCCUGAUGCCUACAAACCUUCACAAUCAAACUCUUCUUUUAAAGCGAAAGAUCAAUUCAAAACGGGAUAUGGUGAUGGAACAAAGGUAGAAGGCAACGUCUACGUCGAUAACUUUGAGCUUGGUGGUAUCAAAGCGCGGAAUCUCUCUUUUGGUCUCACCAACGAAAACUUUCUACAAGAUUUUGAGCGAGAAUCGAGCGGUAUCGGUGGUCUCAGUUUUCCAAGCAUUAGCAAUUUUGACUCCAAGUAUCUGACUCUCAUCGAAGCCUUGAUGCAGCAAAAGAGUCUCAAGCAGAAUGUUUUCCAGUUCACUCUUAAGCCUGGCGAAGGUUCAACUCUAAUUUUUGGGGAUAUCGAUCACUCUAAGUUCAAUGGUGACUUGACUUGGGUCAAAGUGAAUCCCCUCUUUGGAUUCUAUAUCGCGGAUGCCAAAAUCAACGGGAAAAAAAUUCGUACAGCUGUUGAUUCCGGUACGACGGUUAUUAUUGGCUCUCGCUCGCAAGUCAAAGACCUAGUUGAGAGAACAAACGGUGUUCAUUAUGCUGAAGAUCGUAGUACAAACAUCGGCUACGGUCUCUUCGACUGCGACUUCUCUCCUGAAGUCAUCAUUACGUACGGUGGCACAGAUUUUAAGCUAAAUCGUGAUCAGGUUUCCCGUGGUACUGCCAAUGGCAAGUGUCUUUUGUCAGUAAUCGGCAUUGACUCUAUUCUUCCUUUUGAUACUUGGAUUAUGGGUGAUCCCUUCUUCCAGGCUGCGUCGAUUGUUUUCGACCACGACAACAACCGUUUAGGUUUCGCUUCCCAGGCUUAG